ACGUAUUCUCAGUUGGAGAACUCAUCUCUUUGGGUCUUUGGCCGCUGUGGGUGUGCGACAACUCAGUUAGGUUGCACACAAAAAUUGCCAAAAAAAAUUAACAUUGGGGGAAACUAAAUUAUUGUAUUUUUGGCCACUUUCUCAAGUGAUUCAGAAAAACAGGAGAACAUUAUUUAUCGCACAAUGUCAACUGCUGAUGAAGUUUUUGACACAUGGGAGGAAAUGGAGGCCUCUGGUGCACUUGACAGAAAACUCAACGCUCUUCAGCUUGAUCCUUUGGACUCUCUCGACAACAGACAAACACCAACAUUGGUGAGCAAUAGAAACACUAAUGGUCAAAUGAUAAUACUGGGUGAAGAUGGAGUUCGUUCGCAAUACGUUCCUCCAAAGCCCACUGUUAAAAUCCUCAAAAGGCCUCAGAGAGACGUGAAAGGCUAUGGAGACGGUGUUUUAACUAAUGGGGAUAAACCAAAGCAGCCAAUUAAAUCAUUGAAACAGAGGGAACAAGAAUAUGCGGAAGCACGUAAAAGAAUAUUAGGAGAGGAAAGAAGUCCAGAGGAGAAACCGUCAAAUGAUAUAAAUAAAAUUCAGUCGAAACUUCUGUUCGAUAAUCCUCCAAUUUCACUCCACAAUUCAACAAAUAUACUUCGGAUGCCUAUUGGGCCAGAUGGUACUCGUGGCUUCAAUGUACGAAGGUAGCAAGGCUAACAAUCAUCUCAUUAUUAAAGAUUAAUUUAAACAAACAAUCCUUCAUCUUCUCCAUAACUAAGUGGAGAACAUCGGCUAUGAGGCCGUCAGCAGUGAGCAGCUGAAAACACUUAUGUCCCCGUGUCACUGUCUCCAAUGGCAAACUGUCUUUAGAGUCACAGAUAACAUGUUGGAAUGGGACCGGAAACGUGCGGAAUCUCUUUGAUAACAGAGGAAACUAAGUUUUCCGAAUUUUGGAGCUUCAAAUUUGCAAAAUGUCAUCUUAUACCUUGAUCAAACUGUUCAUUGCCAAUUCAUUUAUUUUUUUUUCUCAAAAUUAACGUUUCUCAGCUCCUGGAUAAUAAUAAUUUGUGAUAUUUUGAUCAGUAAAUACGAAAAAUAAAGUGCAUAAAUAUUUAAUUGUCAUUUUUGGGUCCUCGUGACAAUGAAAAAUGAUUACACAUUUCUUUGAAAUUUGUUUUCUUAUUAAGAUAAUAUGAACAUUAUGGAGAUGAAACUAACAUCCUUUGUAUAUAAUUGCUUUGACAAUGUAAUAAAGUAUUGGUUUUCGUUAA